AUGAAUUUUAUAAAGUCUCUAUUUCACUAAUAGAGUUCAUAGCAAAAAAAGAUUGUUCAAAAGAAAGAAGUCGGAUCCUCCAUACUAGAUUCACAAUUCACCCAAGUCAGACUUUAGGAUAUCAAAAUAAUGUCGAGGGAUUUUAGAAAAUUGGAUGAAAUUCUCAAGCAUUAGCCAGAAACAAUAAAUGAACAAUUUAAGAGAUGCUACAGCUUCCAUGUCAUUUUGUCCAGCGAUUACACAUAAUCAAUAGAAAUGAUUCUCAAAUAUUUUGAAACUCAUCAGCAUGACUAAUUUAAGCAAACAUUUCAGUCUACACAUUCUAAGACCAUGGCUACUUAACAUGUGAAUUUAACAAUCCAAAAUAUCAAUGAUCAAAAAAUGAAUACUAUGUAAUCAUAAAACUCCAUGUUUCUCAAUGUAUCUGAUUAAAUUUAAGUAUUUGAACUGAUAAAUUAAAAUGAAUAAGGAUUCAUGAAUAUAUACUUCAAUUACAUACAAAGAAUCACACAAAACUUCGAUGUCUAUAGUUCCUGUAAAUUUUAGCAAUACCCCUAUUAAGAUGAUUCACAUAACCGUAAACUUUAAUUUCUUUGGCUCUUCAAAAUAAUCAAUCUACUUAAUUUUAAACUCAGCUUCAUCCCCUAUUUCCAAUUCAAUUUCAAACAUAAAUCUUAAAACACUCUCAUCAUCCGAGAUAUAGCCUAUCUAAUUUAUAAGGAUUGUUUAGUAGAGUAUGCUUUCUUAAGAAAUGAGAUCACCGAAAUGCUCGAUUCUUAUUCCUAAUUUCAAAUUAAGGAAUCCCUUCAAUUCUAUGAGUUAAUCUUGAUAAUGAAAGAUAUCACAAGUAAGUUGACAGUAUUUUAUUAAAUGAGGUCUUCAUUUGCUCUCAAUUCUGAAUCAGUUAGGGAUGUAAAGUGGUUUGUAAUUGAAAAAAAAUUGAUGAUUGAAAUAGAUAAUUACAUUUCUAAAAUUAAGUUGCUUAACACUACUUAAUUUAAAAAGAGCCUUAUGGUUCCAAAUCAAAAAAAUUUAAUCUAAGACUUUUAAAACGCUUAGUAAGAUCCAAGUCUCUUAGAUAAUUCAUUACAUAAAGAACCAACAACUGCAAAACAAAUAAAAAUGUGCAAUGAAUUAUUAUACUCACCUCUAAAAUUGAAAUAACUAAAACGUGGAGAACAUUCUAGAUAAUAAUCAAGAAAUUGUAAGAAUCUUUGA